GUCAGCGCCAGGAUGGGCACUCCCUCCCCAAGGGAGGGCGCGGUGGUGGUACUAAUGGUGGUGGAGGUGGUGGUGGUGGUGGUGGUGGUGGUGGUGGUGGUGGUGGUGGUGGUGGUGGUGGUGGUGGUGGUGGUGGUGGUGGUGGUGGUGGUGGUGGUGGUGGUGGUGGUGGUGGUGGUGGUGGUGGUGGUGGGGACGGUGGUUCUGACGAGGGGUCCCUGAGGGUGACCCAGACGCCUUUGACA